AUGUCCCUCGCCAAUGCCGCGCGGCGGUCCUUCACGUCGAGCAGCGUGCGCCGCGGCAAGCUCGGCCUCGAGGGCCUGGCGUCCAAGGUCGACCUCGGCAGCUCCCGCGUGCUCAUCCGCCUGGACCUGAACGUGCCGCUGUCCAAGGACGACGGCGUGACGAUCACGGACGACACGCGGCUCCGCGCCGUCGUGCCGACGAUGAACUUCCUGAAGGAGCAGGGCGCCCAGGUCGUCGUCGCGACGCACAUCGGGAGGCCCAAGGGCGAGCCGGACGCGAAGUUCUCCGUCGCGCCGAUCGUCGGCCGCUUCUCGGAGCUUCUGGACACGGACGUCGUCAAGGUCGACGACUGCGUCGGCGACGACGUCGCCCAGGCCUGCGGCGCCAUGCCCGCGGGCGGCGUCGUGCUCCUCGAGAACGUGCGGUUCCACACGGGCGAGACGAAGAACUUCGACGACUUCGCGGCCGCGCUCGCGGGCUCCUGCGGCGCGACGGCCUACGUCAACGACGCCUUCGGCACGGCCCACCGCGCCCACGCGUCCACGGAGGGCGUCGUCAAGUUCAUCGACGGGCCCGCGGCGGGCGGCUACCUCAUGGAGAAGGAGCUCGUCUACAUCAAGGGCAGGAAAAGGGUCUACAUCAAGGGCGCGAUCGACGACCCGAAGCGCCCGCUCACCGCGAUCCUCGGCGGCGCCAAGGUCUCGACGAAGAUCCCGGUCAUCGAGUCCAUGCUCGACAAGUGCGACAACGUGCUCGUCGGCGGCGGCAUGAUCUUCACGUUCUACAAGGCCAUGGGCCACUCCGUCGGCGCGUCGCUCAUCGAGGAGGACAUGGUGCCCAUGGCCAAGGACCUCAUCGCCAAGGCGAAGGCCAAGGGCGUCAACUUCCUGCUGCCGACGGACGUCGUGGUGGCGGACAAGUUCGCGGCGGACGCGAAUUACAAGGUCGUGCCCGUCGACGGCAUCCCCGACGGCUGGCUCGGUUUGGACGUGGGCCCGGCGACGCAGGCGACCUUCUCGGCGACGGCGGCGGCGUCGACGACGGUCGUCUGGAACGGGCCCAUGGGCGUCUUCGAGUUCGACGCCUUCUCCAAGGGCACGUUCGGCGUCGCGGACGCGCUCGCGGCGAACGAGUCCGCGAUCACGAUCAUCGGCGGCGGCGACUCCGUCGCGGCCGUCGAGAAGGCGGGCCUCGCGGACAAGAUGUCCCACAUCUCCACGGGCGGCGGCGCGUCCCUCGAGCUCCUCGAGGGCAAGGUCCUCCCGGGCGUCGCCGCGCUCGACGACGCCUAG